AUUAUAAUUUUUAUAAAAAAAAGUGAAUAAAAACAACAACAACAAAUAUGGCAUUUUUGUGUCCCGUGCGUAUGAGGCGUGAUAAAAAGAAAGCCACCAAUGCCAACAUUGAACGUGAUCUACCCCUACCCGGUGGUGUUACCGUGGGCCUAGGACGCAUUACUGGAUCUUCGAGCAUAGAAACCCUGGUACGUGUUGGCAUUGAAAAGGAACACGGCUUAAGUCCCGAUUCCAAAAUGGUUGUCCUGCACGAUUUCACCCCUUGUGUGGAUGAUGAACUGGAGGUGAAACGUGGUCAAGUAGUCAACAUUUUGUAUCGGGAAAAUGAUUGGGUUUAUGUUAUUGGUGAAGAUUCACGCCAGGAAGGUUUCAUACCCUAUUCCUAUUGUGCUCCCUAUAAUACCCAGCUGGCAGAUAUGGCCAUAAAAAAGAAACUUCCACGCGGGGAAAGCGGAGAGCACAGUGAAACCAUACCCUUAAUUAGCCCGACGAAUGACACAACAAAAUUGGAUUUAAUUGAAGAGGUUAGCAAUGCCCAGGCAGCAUUAAAAAAUGCUGUCGCCGAACUCAAUUCCCCACUGCUAAUGGAUGGGGAGUGUACUCCGUUUCACAAGGAACCCAAUGGGCGGUAUAUUGUCCUCUAUACAUUUAUUGCACGCGAUGAAAAUGAUCUCUCCGUGGAGAGAGGAGAAUUUGUAACGCUCCUUAAUCGUGAUGAUGUCGAUUGGUUUUGGAUUGUUCGCAGUGAUGGACAGGAGGGAUUUGUGCCAUCGGCAUUCAUAUAUCCGGCUGAUAGUGUUUUGCAGACUCAGCAAAAGUUAAUGGAAAAUUCUCUGAGUAAAUCCAAUGGGCAGAUAUCGACUGGGUCUGGAGCAACCCAAGGAAAUUUGAAUUCUUUAAGUCAACCCGUUACAAUGCCAAGUAAUGGUACCACUGGUGUUGAGAAUCCAUUGCAGACUUCGCAACAGCAGGGCCAACAUAAUUCACAAAAUUCAUCGGCCCAAAUUCCUGCAGAUGAUGUUCGUUAUGGCACCGAAUUGGUUAUGCUGUAUGAUUAUAAGGCCCAGGCUCCCGAUGACUUAAGCGUGCGUCGUGGUGAUUGGAUAUAUGCUGAUCUAAAUAAUCAAACUGUUGACGGAUGGUUGUGGUCUUAUGCACCAAAGACCAGGAAAUAUGGUUUCAUUCCAAAGGCAUAUGCCAGACCACCGGCCAUGACCAGCCUUUAGA